AGUCGGCUUCCGAAGCGCGGCCUGAACACUACCUUGCCGGCGGCUACGUUCGAUCCGGAAUCACGUGUGAGUGUCGUUCGGAAAGUGACAGAAGCGCGACAUUUCUCAAAUGUUGAUCAUCUCUGAGGGGGUUUUUGUGAAGUUUUUGUGUUUGGAGUGGCGUGAAGUUCGCCCAAAUUAAACUCCAUCGUCAAUCAGUGAAGUUCGAAAGUGUACUCAAUUGGAAUUACCAUCAAGCUAGCUCAGCGGAGAGGGACCGAAAACAGAGCGGACCUGUCACCUUAACUUCAUGAGAAUCUGCAAAGAUACUCGGACGACACCGUACGACAGUUUGCCGACUUUGUGCUGAAGCAUCGAAGGAGGAAGAUGUCGGCUCCUCUGGCCGUCCCGGAAGACCUUAGUCAGAAUCGAGGCCGUCUCCUCCGACUCGCCGAAACGAUUAGGACCAAGAAGAAGGCGUCCAGCAGCACACAUCGAUCUGUCAGCCUCAAAAACGAUCCUGGAUACAGUCCGAAUAUCGAACACUUGGUUUUCGGGACUUAUCGAACUGUCACGAGUCCGCCCCGAUACGAAAAGCCGCCAGCUAUCCCUCAACAAAUUCGUCAGGGAAAUCAAUGCGAGCAGUGUACCACGAUAAAAUGCGACCCGAGAACGUGCGCGUGCAACAACCAAAGCACAGUGUCGGCAGUUCAUCGCGGGGCUGUUCGCAGCGAGAACAACUCCCCUCAUCGGAAGCAGGUCCUGAACGGGCUCCAAUCAGAACAUCCUGAGGGAGAGAAGAGGCGUCCACUGACUCUCGCGGAUCAGGUCUUCCUAUCUCCCCUUCUACGGAAUCCCAACAGCAAUGACCCGACAGGAAUUCUGUCACCUCCAGGAAUGUUCAAAGACAGCGAUCCCACGACCGCGAUCGAGGCCGCUGUCAAUCGGUGGGUCGGGGCUGACAGUCGGGAAUCUGCCAAAUUGUUGAACCAGUUGGCGAAUAUUGCCGAGUCUCGACUCCGGCAUAAGCCUCCGCUGCCGUCGGUUUUGGCUCCUUUGAACGGCGUUGUUGGCAAAGGACUCCCGCCUGGAAACAUGUGGAGCCCAUGUGAUGAGCCGUCGAGCAUCCUGAACAAAAGCGUGCAGAUCGGCAAGCCCCAAACUCCUGUAAGGACGAAGCCUUACAGAGGGUUGGAAGAUGCGGGCGAUAUGGACGAUUAUGGUUUCAUGGCGGUUUACACUGGAGUUUCUGAUGCCUCCGAGCUGAGCCGGACCCGAAGCAUCCCCGAAAUGAGUGACGGCUACUCCGGACUUCCGAACGGAAUCGGGAAUGGCCGAGGGCCAGCGAAUGACUUUGCCUUAUUGGACUACAGCAAAGAUCCGAACGCCGGCCGACCGAGAUCUCUCCACGAGCAGAUGUUCACUGCUACUCACAACGCCAACAGUCUUCCAGGUUUAUUCAACGGACGUUGCGACGCGCCCGUCGUUGCCAUGGAUCUCGCGCAACUGAGUCACCUUCAGGAACCAACCAGUCAUUCGUGCAAUUCGAGUCCUCAGAAGAUAUUGAACAAGUUCUCGAAAACCUUUUCUCUCAGAAGGAAUAAGAAGAAGCCGCUCGGAAAGGGAUACUCACUCGAAACUGAUAUGUUACCGAGUUCUGAGUCGAACGAAACAGCCAAUCGGAACGGAAAUCGCGUCGAGCACUCUCCGUCUCUGAGUAAAGACUCGGGAAUCCAUCUGAAUUCGAAUAGCAAUGAAGAAACUACUUCAUCGAAGAGCGGUUCCGAGGAUGGCAAUAACUCCUUCAAUCCGAGGAGGUCUCGAGCGCUGCAGAGAAGCUCUAGGAGAUACCUGAGACGGUCCCAGAGUCAGCCCUGCGAGAUCAACACCUCCUCAGAUGCGGAAGAUGAAGAUUGCGCCAUCGAUAACGGCAACCGCGAUCACAAUGCUCAGGUCACGUACGUCGAAGCUCUCUGGGAUCACAUUACUCUUGACCCCGAAGAGUUAGCGUUCCGCGCGGGAGAAGUGAUCAGAGUCUCAGACCGAAGUGACCGAGAUUGGUGGUGGGGCGCUUUAGGAAGUAACGAACAGCGAACGGGAUGGUUCCCUGCCAACUUCGUACGAUUACGGGUCGAUCAAGAGAACAAGGAAGGCUACGUUCCCUACUCUCAGACAUCGACUGGAGUGCAGGAAAUGAACCGGAUCCGCACGAAAGUUGUCCAGGAGCUCAUCAAUACGGAGCAGGACUUCGUGAAGCAUUUAAGAGACAUCGUCGAGGGAUACUUGCUGCGCUGCCGUAGCCGGCCCGCGAUGUUUACAUUGGAGCAGAUAGCCACAAUCUUCGGGAAUGUCGAGCAGCUUUACGUCUUCCAAAAAAGCUUCCUCACUAAGCUCGCAUCCUGCGUCAACACCCAACAGCCCCAUGCCAGUUGUGUCGGGGAGUGCUUUUUGCGUUUCCGCAAAGAAUUCUCAAUAUACUCCGAAUACUGCAACAAUCAUCCACUGGCCAUGGCGGAGCUCGAACAAUUGUAUCGGAAGCCCGAAUACUGUCAGUUCUUCGAGGAGUGCCGGAGGCUCCGCGGCGGGAUGAGUGAUAUUUCUCUCGAUGGCUUCCUCUUGACGCCGGUGCAAAGAAUCUGCAAGUACCCGCUCCAGCUAGCAGAACUCCUGAAAUAUACGCCACCGGGACAUCCGGACCGCGCUCACGUCACGCUUGCUUUGGAAUCGAUGCGUGGAGUCGCACACAUGGUGAACGAGCGGAAACGACGGAUGGAGAGUCUCGAAACCCUCGAAGUAUGGCAGAGAGCUGUCUUGAACUGGGAAGGCCCUGAAUUGAUUGAGACCUCCUCUCUCCUGAUCCACAGUGGAGAUGUGACUCGUUACACGAUGGGCAUCAGUGGCCAAGGUUCUUGCAACAAAGAAGUCGUCACCAUGUGGUUAUUCGAUAACGUGAUCAUCUAUUGCCGUCGAGAAUUCAUCCGGAGCUCACUUUCAUACCGAGGACGCAUUUACACCAGCGCUCUGACUCUGGUCAACAUUCCGGACGGAAAAGAACCGAAUUUCGGCAUCACAGUCAAACACGCCUUCAAGCUUUACUGUGCCAGUACGGAAAGAUGGUUCCUCUUCAGCUGUCGUUCGCUCAAGGAUAAAAAUCGUUGGCUAGCCUCGUUCGACCGAGAAAGAGACAUCGUUCGGAAAGACAAGGAGCUAGGCUACACGAUCAGCGAAAACACGAGGAAGCUCACCAGGCUUUCGAUCCUGAACAAAGCCCGACCACAAGUGCAGGGCCGGAGAGCGCACCGACCUGACGUGGCAAUUACUGAGGCUUUGGACGUCGAAGAGGGUAGGUUUCCUUCAUUGAAAGAUCGCUCCGGAAGCCUUCCCUCUCACUUCGCCCCAGACUUCGGCAAAGAAAAGAAGUGGUACCAUUUUGGUAGCUCCAAGAAGACCGUCAAGAAGCGAGUAUGAUUUAUGUUCUAGCCCUCAGUGGAGGGUGCCCCUCGUCAACUGCCAAAUGCCGAAUGCCAAAACCUUGACCCCCGUGGACUCGAUAUCCGCUACGAGGCUAUGCGUGAAUUGUCCGCUGUUCCGGUCUCGUCGUCUUGCGACAGUAUCGUGGAACUCUUGUUAUCGACUCAAUUUUAGCAAAUGUGACACUCGUGUGACACUGAAGCCAAAGAAAAGUUGUCUACGUAGGCGCACGUUCCUUUCUCAACUCGGUACUGAGGCUCACAAAGCGAGAGACAACCGCCGAGCUGUUCGCCGGCAAAGAAAUUUCAGGAUCGAUAAUCGUUCUGUCGAUCUACCUGUCCAUUAGUCAGACAGACAUUGGUCAAGAAGUUUAGCGAGAAUCUCUUUCACGUCAUUCACGGCACCGCCGACCGGCUAGUCUCCGGCGUCCACUCCUAGAAGACGCCUCAUUGUACAAUAAUUCUUGUAAACACUCACAGGAACUACUGUAACACCUAUCGAUGUAUUCUCAAAACGAAACUGUAACGAGAGCGCGAAGGAGUUUCUGAUGUAAAAUAAAAUCCCGA